AUGGACAGACACAAGCGUCCCUAUAAAUGCGAUAAGCCAGAAUAUGAUAAUGUUCAGGGCUUGACCUAUUGUGGUGAUCUAACAUGCCACCGGCGCGAAGUCCACAAGAUCACCGAUGCCAAGACCAUCGAUGUCAAGAACACUCCCAUAUGUCCCUACAAUGACUGCGACCGCAACAUCAGAAAACCAUUUACGCGUCGAGAGAACCUUCGAGAGCAUAUUCGUCGUCUCCACCAGAGCGCUGUCGAUCUCCGAUCAUCAAUCCCAGUCGGAAUGCAUCUAGAACGCACCAACUCACCCCUUACUACCAGGCCUAAGCGCAAAAUCGACUUGUUGAGAUCAGAUGUCCUUGAUGAAGUUGAGCGACUGCGUCAAGAAAUAGAGAAAAAAGACCACCGGCUGGAAGAGCUUCAGCGGAUGGCGGAUGGUCUGCACCAAUUACUUUCACGGCCUACUCAGUCUACUCCUGAAGCCCGGCCUAUAACACAAUCACUUCCAGUUUUCCAAGCUACUACACCUCAGCUUAAAGCUAAUGGCCAGUGUCCAUGA